UGCGACUCUCCCCCACCAUCGAAUUUUUCCCUGUCUUCUCCCCUCUUUCGGCUCCAGGACUCGGUCCAGGAACGCUUUUCCCAGGCUCCUCCUGGGAGAAGACGAUCUGUCCUUCCAACUGCGCCCAGACGAUGGUUCCGGCACCAUGGGGCACCUCCGAUCCCCGAUGACUCCGCUGUCGCCUCCCACGCCCAAUAUGAUAGCGAAAGACCAGCUCACCCACCCCAAUCUCUCGUUCUUACCCAUGACUCCCCCGGAUCCUGCAGAUGCGGACCUGUUAAAGUCUCCCGGGCAUCAUUGGACCACCUCGGUGAGCUCCGCCGUCCAUGUCAUCUCCACCGAACGCGCUGCCCUAGCGAACUUGGAACACCUGUAUCAAACGAACCUGUUGGCGCAGGAGCACCUUGCGCGCGCAGUGAGCCAGAUCGCCUCGAGUAUCCGAAAUGGGGGGAAGUUGGUGUGCUGUGGGGUAGGCAAGAGCGGCAAGAUUGCUCAGAAACUGGAGGCGACGAUGAACAGUCUGGGUAUCUACAGCGCAUUCCUACAUCCCACGGAGGCGUUGCAUGGGGACCUGGGGAUGAUUCGACCGCAAGAUACCCUGUUGUUGAUAUCGUUUUCGGGUCGCACCCCCGAGCUUCUACUGCUGCUGCCUCAUAUCCCUUGCACCGUCCCGGUGAUUGCCAUCACAAACCACCUGCACCCGGCGACAUGUCCACUGCUAUCCUUCCAGCCUUCCGACAUGGGCAUCCUCUUGCCGGCCCCGAUCCACGAAGAUGAAGAGACCGCUUUUGGCGUCAGCGCUCCGACCUCAUCCACUACGGUAGCCCUGUCAUUAGGCGAUGCUUUGGCCAUUGCCACGGCUAGGCGACUACAUACCACCCCGGGACGAGGGCCCGCCGAGAUCUUCAAGAGCUUCCAUCCUGGCGGGGCUAUUGGAGCAGCGUCCAACGUUACAACGCCAAUGAGCAUGUCGACCGUAUCAUUUCCGUCCACCAGUUCCGACGAGCAGCACCAACCCACCCUGUCGUUUCCCCCGCAGGAAGCAAUGCGAUCCCCGCCUCUCGCUGAAAUGCUAGUUUUGAUGGACCAAAUCCCAACGGUCUUCGCGGCAGGCAAAAUCCGCCUGCUGAACAUUCUUCUCACUGCCAUCCAACACCCCAACGCUAAAUCCUGGGUGUCUUUAUCUCCCUCGGAAAUCAUUCCGCCGCGACAUCUCCGCUCCCUUUCGCAGAGCAGCUACGUGGACAUGGAAGUCACCGCAUUCACUAGUCUCGGUCUACCAUUUGCGGUCCCUCGAAAGGACUGGUUGCGCAUCCCCUACUCAACUACCGUCGAGCAUGCUCGCCAAUUAGUCUCGAAAACUACCACAUCCACAGGAUCCCCGGUGACGGUGAUUGCUGUCAUGAAAGACCAAAGUCCCGAUGAUUUGUUGGGAGUCAUCGAAGCCGAGGAUUUGUGGGAUGAGCAAGCCUGAUCUGCAUCAUCUACAUAUUGCACAUCUAUCGCUUUGUUCAAACCCCCUACGCGCGACUUAUUAAAUAUCAACGAUGGCUAUGACUGUAAUGUCCGUUUUUGGCUUUUCUUUUUCUUUUUUCAUCUGUUCUUAGAUCAACAACCACAUACACCGCUACUAAACAUUUGCGAUACACAUUUGCGUUAUAUAGAUUUACUUUGGAUUUUGGAAAGCAUCUUCAAACUCCUUAUCCUACAAUUGGAUUGAAGUACACUGGUAUACUUAUUGUUUCAUGUCGGUGGCAAUUGGAUUAAUUUACUCUUCGGAUU